CCGCUCGGUCCGCGCGGCUGAGCCCCGCGUGCCCCGCUGCUCGCCGGGCUGCUCCGAGCAGCGGUGCUCCGGGGCUCCAAACUCGGGCUGGCGGGGAAAGUGUCUUCAUGAACCCAGAGGAUGUCCGGGAAGCACUACAAGGGUCCUGAAGUCAGUUGUUGCAUCAAAUACUUCAUUUUUGGCUUCAAUGUCAUAUUUUGGUUUUUGGGAAUAACGUUUCUUGGAAUCGGACUGUGGGCAUGGAAUGAAAAAGGUGUCCUCUCCAACAUCUCGUCCAUCACUGACCUCGGUGGCUUUGACCCCGUGUGGCUCUUCCUCGUGGUGGGAGGCGUGAUGUUCAUUCUGGGGUUUGCAGGGUGCAUUGGAGCACUUCGGGAAAACACCUUUCUCCUCAAAUUCUUUUCUGUGUUCCUGGGGAUUAUUUUCUUCCUGGAGCUCACUGCUGGGGUGCUGGCAUUUGUUUUCAAAGACUGGAUCAAAGACCAGCUGUAUUUCUUUAUUAACAACAACAUCAGGGCGUACAGAGACGACAUUGACUUGCAGAACCUCAUAGACUUCACCCAGGAGUAUUGGCAGUGCUGUGGGGCUUUUGGAGCUGAUGAUUGGAACCUAAAUAUUUACUUCAAUUGCACAGAUUCCAAUGCAAGCCGAGAGCGAUGUGGUGUGCCCUUCUCCUGCUGCACUAAAGACCCCGCGGAAGAUGUCAUCAACACUCAGUGCGGCUAUGAUGCCAGGCAAAAACCAGAAGUUGACCAACAGAUUGUAAUCUACACGAAAGGCUGUGUGCCGCAGUUUGAGAAGUGGCUACAGGACAACUUAACCAUCGUGGCUGGUAUUUUCAUAGGCAUCGCAUUGCUGCAGAUUUUUGGGAUAUGCCUGGCACAGAAUUUAGUGAGUGACAUUGAAGCUGUCAGGGCUAGCUGGUAAAAACCCUGUGACCACUGAUGCAAGACACUGGACUGACCCCCUCGCUGACCCUCCUGUGCUGACCGAUGGCGGGCUGCAGGGACCUGGUCACGGGCCCGCAGUCCCACCUAAUGGAGCUGCCAAGAACUUACUUCCUGUUGGGGGUAAAGCUGGGGAACGCCGUUCAAAGACGGGCCUUUUCAAACGAAAAACAGAACAGUGCGAAAGCCAUUGAGUCGCUGUGCCGUGAAUCUCUACUGUAGCCGUGAACUGAUGGACGGAUGCUACCAGGAAGGGAAAGGGGGGAGGUCGGGCGCUGCAUGUACUUGAAUUUGUGGAGAAUACAGUGCUGUCCACAUCCUGGCUAAAACUUAAACCCUUACCCCCAGGGCUGAGUGUUUUGAAUCACUCCAUGCACAUUCUCAGAACCUGUUGCUACUGUCCUCUGGGAUGGGAUUUUGAGAUGGGUGGAGUGGGUCCAGGGUGCACGUCCUGCAGAGCCCCUUAAGAAAGCCGGGUGUUUGGGGCAACCAGUUAGGGUAGCAGAGAUCGCGGUCCACGUUUCCGCAGGACUGAUCUUUCUUGUGAGCAGCAGCCUGAGCUUUAUCCAUGAUAUCCAAGGAGGAAACGAGGUUACUGAGAGGCACUAAUCAGGCGCUCCUGUACCCCACCAUAACCAACUAGUGUUCGGGUUCUUCGGAUAUUCCGGGAUACUCUGGGCUUGUUUUUGUGUUUUGUUUCUUUUUUCUUUUUCUUUUUCUUGUUCUUUUUCUUUUUUUUUUUUUAAAUCGGCUGUUAUUUUGGUUCUUUCUGUCUCCCAAAGGCAAAGGCUAUGAUACAGUCCUGUGUAAUGUUUUCUUAUUCAGCUUCAAUAGUAAGUUUUUGUAUAAUCCUCACCUGCAUGUGCUGUGCCCCUGAACCCACCAUGUCCUUUUCCAAGAGACACUUGAGAGCACUCGUCAGCGUUUCUGUCAGAGGUCCCCAGCCUUGGGUGGUUGUGGCAUGUUGUCCAAGCCAUGCGUUCAUAUGCCCCAUGGGCUCCCGGUCUCUCACGGCUUCCGGCUCCCCGUCUUCCUCAUUAAAGCUCAGUUCCAAAGCAGGGCUGGCAGUCAAAAAGCAUCUGACAAGGGUCUUCUUGCGAUUUUAGUUUUGCCAUAUAUUUAAGAAAACAAAAAAUCAAACCUAGUUUAGUGCAUGGCCAGAGCUCUGUCCCCGUGAGGUGACCUCAGGGUAGUAACAAAGCACAAAUACUUGAGGGGCCGCACUGAGGCCCAGCCCGGGUUCUGUGAUGCUGGGUAGAAAACCACCUUCAGGUCCUGCUUCUGCCUCGUGCCCGCUGGGAGGGUGGAUUUUGGCCCCAGAUUUUCACCCAGCUUGUGGUAUCCCCUGGGUGUUGCUGUCGUGGGGAGCAGGUUUGAGAUUAUUCCCGGGUUUCCGGGAAGACUACAGCCUCUGAGAGAAGCUCCGCAUUCGCCAGCCACCUUUCUGAGUUAGCAGGUUAGCACGGUUUUCCACUCCCAUGACGCUGCAUCGCCGUGGCUGACGGACAGUCUGCUCCGCGGGAGGACAGGCACCCCUUUCCAGUCCCAUCUCCGCAGUUCGGGUGUGUGUGGCUUUGCAUGUGUGUAUCUGUGUCCGUUGUAGGUAGAGAUAGUCAUUCCAUACGUGGACGUGAGGUCACAUGACUCCGCCCCUGUCCAUACCGUCAUUUGUGAUGUCCUUCUCGGAUCGGCACUUCUGUCUUCUUUAUUACCUCAUUCUCCAGUGAACUGCAUCUGGCCAGUUGAUUCCGAAUCAGGCAAGAUCCCCCACCCUGUGGCACACCCAGUGAAAGCCAAGCCACAAGCCCAAGUGAGUUUUAAAUUUUAAUCACCUUUAUUUUUUACACUCGAGAGUGAUUGUAAUAAAAACUGUCAUUAAUAAACUUGGUUCUACCUGA